GGUCUUUGCUCUGGCGGGAGUGUUUCGAAGCGUUUUGGUCUUGGGCGGAAGCAUGUCUCAGGAACGCGCUAUCCCGGCGAGCGCGGUUCCCCUGGAAGAAUUAAGUAGCUGGCCGGAGGAGCUAUGCCGCCGGGAACUGCCAUCUGUCCUGCCUCGGCUCCUUUCUAUGUAUCAGCAUUCUGACAGUUGGAUUGAGCAUAUUCAAAUUCUGAAAAUUAUUGUAGAAAUGUUUUUACCUCAUAUGAACCACCUGACAUUGGAACAGACUUUCUUUUCACAAGUGCUGCCAAAGACUGUGAGAUUAUUUGAUGACAUGAUGUAUGAGUUAACCAGUCAAGCCAGAGGACUAUCAAGCCAAAAUUUAGAAAUCCAGACCACUCUAAGAAAUAUUUUACAGACAAUGGUACAGCUAUUAGGAGCUCUUACAGGAUGUGUUCAGCAUGUCUGUGCCACUCAGGAAUCCAUCAUUCUAGAAAAUAUUCACAGUCUUCCCUCCUCAGUCCUACAUGUAAUCAAAAGUACGUUUAUACAUUGUAAGAAUAGCGAAUCUGUUUAUUCUGGGCGUUUACACCUAGUCUCAGACCUUCUGCAGGCUCUUUUCAAGGAGGCCUAUUCUCUUCAAAAGCAGCUAAUGGAACUGCUGGAUAUGGUUUGCGUGGACCCUUUAAUAGAUGAGAAUGAUGACAUUUUGAAUAUGGUAGUAGUUAUUCAUUCAUUGUUGGAUAUCUGCUCUGUUAUUUCCAGUAUGGACCAUGCAUUUCAUGCCAAUACUUGGAAAUUUAUAAUUAAGCAGAGCCUUAAGCACCAGUUGGUUAUAAAGAGUCAGCUGAAACACAAAGAUAUAAUUACUAGCUUGUGCGAAGACAUUCUUUUCUCCUUCCAUUCUUGUUUACAGUUAGCUGAGCAGAUGACACAAUCAGAUGCACAGGAUAAUACUGACGGCAGAUUAUUUCAGAAAACACUCAAAUUGUGUCGUUUCUUUGCCAACUCCCUUUUGCACUAUACUAAGGAAUUUCUUCCUUUCCUGUCUGAUUCUUGCUGUACAUUGCACCAGCUUUAUCUUCAGGUACACAGUAAGUUUCCUCCAAGCCUGUAUGCUGCUGGGAUUUCUAAAGCACAACAGGAGGAAAUAGCAGGUGCUUUCCUGGUCACACUGGAUCCACUUGUCAGUCAUCUUCUCAAAUUCCAACCUUUCGUGGAAGUGGUUUUGGACAGUAAAUUAGAGCUGCCAUGUGAACUACAGUUUCCACAGUGUCUACUGCUGGUUGUCAUCAUGGAUGAGCUGCCCUCUCAGCCUGAAGAUGUGCAGACCCUGUGGUGCACAGAGAGCCAGGUCUCAGAAGCUACAACCAGGGUGUCUCUACUCAAAGCCAUUUUCUCCAGUUUUGAGCAGUGUUCUGGUGAACUGUCUCUACCUGUUCAUUUACAGGAAGUAAAGAAUAAAGGGCAAACUGAGGUUGCUGUCACCUUAUAUCAGCAUGUUUGUGUUCAUCUGUGUACGUUUAUUGCUUCCCUUCAUCCCUCACUGUUCCCUGAACUGGACACUGCUCUGUUGAAUGCUGUGCUUAGUGCUAAUAUGAUCACCUCUUUGCUAGCUAUGGACGCAUGGUGCUUCCUUGCUCGAUAUGGGACUGCUGAACUCUGUGCUCACCAUGUCACCAUAGUGGCUCAUCUGAUAAAAUCUUGCCCCGGAGAAUGUCAUCAGCUCACCAGCCUAUCGGUACUAUUGAGGCGCCUCUUCUUCUUCAUGACCCCACCCCAGCAGGUGGAGUUUAUCCAGAAAUUUUCCCCAAAAGAAGCAGAAAAUCUGCUUCUGUGGCAAUAUAUUUCCUUUCAGGCAUUACCUGCUGAGCUUAGGACACAAACUGCACUUGAGGUCAGCAGAUCAGGCACUGCACAGUGCAGGAAGUGGCUAAGCAGCAGUCGCACGUUGGGAGAACUUGAGUCUCUGAACACAGUGCUCUCUGCUUUGCUUGCUGUAUGUAAUUCUGCUAGUGAAGCUCUGGAUAUGGGACAGCAAACUGCAGUUAAGGAAGUUGGGAGUGAGCUGUGGGCUCUUUUAAACAUUAAACUGGUAACAGGUCAACCUUAUGUUCAACAGACACUCUGCCUUUUACUUCCACUGCUGGGAUUUUUAAUUCAAACUCUAGAUCCUCAGCUGGUAAGUCAGGUAAUAACUUUGCAGACCUCACUACUCCAAUCAGAGCCUCCUGACCAUGUUCGUUUGGCAGUUCUUGAUUUUCUGUCUUCCCUGGGAAAACUUUUUAUACCUCAAGCCAUCCAGGACAAAAUUCUGCCCCACCUGUCUUCUGUUUUUGCCUUACUGCUAGCUGACAGGAAUUGGCUACUAGAACAACAUUCCUUGGAGGCAUUUACUCAGUUUGCUGAGGGAACAAAUCAUGAAGAGAUAGUUCCACAAUGUCUCAGUUCUGAAGAAACAAAGAAGAAAGUUGUAUCUUUUCUGGAGAAGACAGGGUUUGUAGAUGAAACUGCAGCUGCCAGAGUGGAACGUGUCAAACAGGAAAAAGGUACUUUCUGGGAGCCCUUUGCUAAAGUUACUGUAGAAGAAGCAAAGAAGUCAUCUUUACAGCCUUCUGCAAAAAGAGCCCGUCACGAGCUCCCCUUGGAAGAAGAGUACAGGUCAGCACUGCAAGCAGCAACAGCAGCCUUGGAGGCAAUCGAGUUAUUACUCCAAAAGUCUCCGCCUCCAGACUGGCUUCUGACGAAAAUGGAGACACUCCAAGAAAGGAUUGAUAAGCUAAAACAUCAUGUAUUCUAAGGUGAAAACUGAAUGAACUGGACCAUAUUAUCACUAGGUAAGAGU